GGAAGCCUCAAUUUAUUUCGCCUUCUUCUCACGAGAGGUCACCGUUGCUUAGCUUUGUGCCUUUGUCCCUAGGUGGCAAUGUGCUAACCGAUUAACGGAAGUUCGUCUGCUGAUAAAAUAAAAAACUCAAGCGGUCACACGCUCACGCCACGUCUGGCUGUGAGACAAUGAUUCAUGUUCAGUCAUUAAAUUCAUAAAUUGUUAAAUCAUGAAAAGCAUUAGAUCAAAUGAGUCUGUUAAAAUCAAGUUUUCUUCUUGUUUCUCCAUUGCCAGAAUGAGUUUGUGCCAAGCAGUUAAAGCCAAACCAUGGACCAAGGAAAUGUUUGAAACAUCACAUGAUUCCCUUAUUGCAGGAUUCCUUUAUUGCAGGAACUAAGUUUUUUUUAAAAACCUGUAUGGUAUGACCAGUCCAAUCUCCAGCAUAUCCUAGAAAGGGGAAAUUGAAUCUUUGUUAAAGUAGUCCUACUUGGCUCCCAGUCAAUCCAGUUGAACAAAAAUCGAGUCCCAGCCAGCCUGGACUCUGGAGCUUCUUGUGGCUAUUCUAUGGAAAUUGUGAACAGAUUUGGAAUUCCAUGAAGUGUUGCCGAGUUUGGAUCGUGGACCAAAUGAUUCAGUCUUAAGAAGAUCUCGGUUCUCUCAGGUGACUCGGCGUAACAACUUGCACAUCUCGUCCAGGAGUAGCUCGGUUAUCCACUCCCGCCGUAUGGGGAUCCAGCGAAGGAAACCGCUCGGGAAACCGUCACUCAGCCAAAAUUCCAGUGGCGUAUCAAAUUAGAUCCACUCACCAUUUGACAUCGGAACCCACUGCUGGCUUCAGUCUAUCUGCUGGACAACGUUCCAACGAUCGGUAAGACAUUCAUUUCUCAUAUGUAGUGAUUUUUGAAAUUGUCUUAAGUAGAAGAGUACGCUGCUAUAUGUAUCUUAUUCUUAUCGCAUGCAUUUUAAGGCAGUUGGCAAAUUCUUUCUGUAUUGCAUUGUAAAUGCUGUGAUUUAAUCCCUCCCUCUUUCUUGAAUUUUGUUUGAAAUCAUUAAAACAUUCCCUUUUUAAUGAAAAAUGUUGUUUAUUCAGAGUUCGCCAUCUGUCAUGCCAGUCUAUUAAAGCAAUAGGCAACGUUUGAGUACAAUGGCGUACUACAAGAUUUUCUCAAGUUGUUUAUCUCAAAUCUUAUUUCGACAUCUACUAACACUAGUCAAAAGUGAAACAAUUUGAGAAUUAGAGUUAGAUUUUAAAGCUUUUUUUGAGUUAGAUUUUUAAAGGUUCGGUCACUCAAGUAAGAAGUCGGCGGGACUCUUUAUAUCAGCGACACUCACGUCCUGACUUCAACUCAUUGUGUACAUCUUUAGUGACAAAUUUUACAGCAAUCAAACGCUUUUUUCUUUUCUUAGACAGUUUCCUGGUAGGUCUAUCAAAUGGACCCGCAUUACUAAAUGGUCGAAAUUGUUGGGGCUUCAAUUGAAACUGUAGCUAUGCUGCAAAGAUUAAUGUGUACCAAAACCAAAUAACUUAUCCUGCUGUCGACAAUAGGAUUUCCAGCUAACAUGGAUGCUAUCAACGUAUUGAAACAGCACGCCCACGCAGCAGUUGUUCAAGUUUGCUUGAAAACUAUCUUAUGCAAGGGAGUUGACGCCAGGAACAAUUAUUUCUAAACACAUAAUUAGGCUUAAUAAUUUCAAUUUGCGUAAUCUUGACAAAUAAAGUUAAGAUUUUUCACAGAUAUUGCAUGAGAUAACUGUUGACCUUAAAUAGUGAUAAACUUUUACAGCUUUCACUUUCCUUUACGUCCUGUCUAUAUCUAGCAUCCUACUUAACGAGAUAUAAUGAUUUAAUAUGGUGUAGGUAAAAUUUGCAGCACAUCUUUGGCGUGAAUAGAUAUAUUUAACCAAAUGAACGACAUUUUCAGUCGUCAUGCCGGAUGUGUCAAACUGUAAAUCCUACAAAAACUAUUUUGAUAAGGUUUGGCUUUUAGGCGGCAACCUCAAGUAAUGUAGCUAAGAUUAUGCAAAUCAUAUUAUCUCAACACUCUUUAUAAAUGCCGUGAAGCUUUCAGGCCGAGUCCAGACACCGUCUGUAGUUGCUGCUGGACGCUUUCCUCCCGACUUCAUCAUUCUUUCAGCACAAUGUCCAUCAAAUUUUCACUCGCAACUGCAAUCCUAACGGCCACCAUCGUCCUGGUGGCGGCCACUUUGGGACUCUGUUCGACGAUUCCCUUGGCAAAGGUUCCUCCCACAAAGACUCCAACAACGACUGCUUCAACUACUCCUACAACUUCGACAAUGAAUCCAACAACUACUUCAACAACUACUACAACAACGACUCCUACAACGACGCCAACAACGACCCCUACAACGACUCCUACGACGACUCCUACAACGACUCCUACGACUCCUUCAACUACUCCUUCAACUACUCCUACAACUACCCCAACAACGACUCCUACAACGACUCCUACAACGACUCCUUCAACGACCCCUACAACGACUCCUCCAACUACUCCUACAACUACCCCGAAAACGAAUCCUACAACGACGUCAACAACUUCCACAACUACUCCAACAACGACUCCUAAAACCACUCCAACAACGACUCCUACGACGACUCCUUCAACUACUCCUACGACUCCUUCAACUACUCCUUCAACUACUCCUACAACUACCCCGACAACUACUCCUUCAACGACGUCAACAACUUCCACUACGACUCCAACAACUACUCCAACAACGACCCCUACAACUACUCCAACAACUGCCCCUACAACGACUCCAACAACGACCCCUACAACGACUCCAACAACAACUCCUACAACUCCUACAACAACUACUCCAACAACGACUUCAACAACAACUCCUACAACUACCCCUAUAACGACUCCUACAACGACGUCAACAACUUCCACUACGACUCCAACAACUACUCCAACAACUACCCCUACAACGACGUCAACAACUUCCACUACGACUCCAACAACUACUCCUACAACGACGUCAACAACUUCCACUACGACUCCAACAACGACUCCAACAACUACCCCUACAACUACCCCUACAUCGACGUCAACAACUUCCACUACGACUCCAACAACUACUCUAACAACUACUCCUACAACGACCCCUACAACGACCCCUACAACGACCCCUACAACGACUCCUACAACGACUCCAACAACUACUCCAACAACGAUUCCAACAACUACUCCAACAACGACCCCUACAACGACUCCUACGACGACUCCUACAACGACUCCUACGACUCCUUCAACUACUCCUUCAACUACUCCUACAACUACCCCAACAACGACUCCUACAACGACUCCUACAACGACUCCUUCAACGACCCCUACAACGACUCCUCCAAAUACUCCUACAACUACCCCGACAACGAAUCCUACAACGACGUCAACAACUUCCACAACUACUCCAACAACGACUCCUAAAACCGCUCCAACAACGACUCCUACGACGACUCCUUCAACUACUCCUACGACUCCUUCAACUACUCCUUCAACUACUCCUACAACUACCCCGACAACGACUCCUACAACGACGUCAACAACUUCCACUACGACUCCAACAACUACUCCAACAACGACCCCUACAACUACUCCAACAACUACUCCAACAACUGCCCCUACAACGACUCCAACAACGACCCCUACAACGACUCCAACAACAACUCCUACAACUCCUACAACAACUACUCCAACAACGACUUCAACAACAACUCCUACAACUACCCCUAUAACGACUCCUACAACGACGUCAACAACUUCCACUACGACUCCAACAACUACUCCAACAACAACAACUACUCCAACAACUACUCCUACAACGACCCCUACAACGACUCCUACAACGACUCCAACAACUACUCCAACAACGACUCCAACAACUACUCCAACAACUACUCCUACAACGACCCCUACAACGACUCCAACAACAACUCCAACAACGACCCCUACAACGACUCCAACAACUACUCCUACAACGACCCCUACAACGACUCCUACGACGACUCCUACGACUCCUACAACUACUCCAACAACUACCCCUACAACGACUCCUACAACGACGUCAACAACUUCCACUACGACUCCAACAACUACUCCGACAACGACCCCUACAACGACGCCAACAAAGACCCCUACAACGACUCCAACAACUUCCACGACGACUCCAACAACGGCUCUAUUAACGACCCCUACAACACCAACAACGACUCCUACAACGACUCCUACAACUUCCAAAACAACUUCCAAAACAACUUCUACAAGGGUCCCCACAACGACACCAACAACAGCUCCAACGACAACUUCUGCAACUUCCACCACUACCAGAACAACAUCUUCUGCUACUAUAUCUACGACACCGUCGUCAAGCAGUCAAACCUUUUCCUUUCUGUCCUUGUCACUUGUUUCAUUCAGUUUCCUAGUCAGCCUAUCGAUUGGACAACAUUAA